GAACUGACGGAAGCAGCCUGCGACGCGCUCCGCCUCCUACCCCGCGGCGGCGGCGGGGCGGGCGAUGGGGUUGGUGCGAGCAGUGGGUGUGCGGGAUGGCGGGGCUGCGCUGCCUCAUGGCUUCUGGGCCGCGGUGCGUGUCUGGUUGGAGAAGCCGCAGGUGGCCAACAGGCGGCUGUGCGGCGCCGCCAUUGAGGUGGAGGGGACGGUGGCGCUUGGGAAGGGCGGGGAAGAGUCGUCCUCCUUCGCUGCCGUAUGGGGAAGCGAGGAACAGGGGGAGCGAGUGGCGUCUGCCGGGGCUGCGGAGCUGGGCCGGCUCUGGAGGGAGGUCUGCGCCCAGCUGUCACCGGAGCACGGGCAUCUGCCGCCGCCUCUCACGCCUUGGGCCUGGCCGGACCCCCGCGCUGAGCUCCGCGCCGUGCUGAGGACGCUGCUGCCCCGGGCGCGCCCCGCCGGUCCGCCCGCACCACCGAUGAAGGAGCUGGCGGUCCAAGAUGUUUACAAUGGAACGGUGACCUUUCUGCCCUUGGAGGAAAACAGUGAAGGAAAAUACAAGAUUAAAAAGUGCAAUAUUUAUCAAAUUCAACUUGUGUACAUAAAAGAUGAGGAAUGGUCUGUUUCUAUUGUAGCUCCAUUUCCAGAAGACUGGUUUUCAGAUGGAAUUGCAUACCCCAAACUAGCAUGGCUUGAAAAUGAACUUUUGUCCAAAUUGGCUAAAUGGUCUGUGGAGCAAAAGCCCAGUGAGUUUAAAAGUACACUCUCACUCAUUUCUGUAGCAAAAUACAGCAAGGUUUAUCAAGACCUUAAAGAAAAAUACAAGGAGAUGGUAAAGGUGUGGCCUGAAGUGACAGAUCCUGAGAAAUUUGUUUAUGAAGAUGUUGCCAUUGCCACUUACUUGCUGAUUCUUUGGGAAGAAGAGAGAAAGGAAAAAGGGUUGACUAAGAAACAGUCAUUUGUAGAUCUUGGAUGUGGAAAUGGUCUGCUGGUUCAUAUUCUAAAUAAUGAAGGGCAUUCAGGUAGAGGAAUUGAUGUGAGGAGAAGAAAAAUAUGGGACAUGUAUGGAUCAGGAACUCAUUUAGAGGAAUCUACAAUCAUGCCAGGUGACACUCAUCUCUUUCCAGACACUGACUGGCUCAUAGGAAAUCAUUCAGAUGAAUUAACACCAUGGAUACCUGUAAUUGCAGCUAGGUCUUCCUAUUCUUGUCGCUACUUUGUGCUGCCCUGUUGCUUCUUUGAUUUCUAUGGAAAAUACAGCCGAAGACAAAGCAAGAAAACCCAGUACAGAGAGUAUCUUGAUUUCGUUGCCCAAGUGGGAUUUGUAUGCGGCUUUAAUGUGGAGGAAGAUUGCCUUAGAAUUCCAUCAACAAAGAGGGUAAGCCUUAUUGGAAAAAGCAGGACCUAUCCACCUGCAGAACAUGCUCUGAUUGACAAGCAGAUAACACAGUAUAUUAAUAAUCAUCAGACCUGUGCUCUGCUCAUGUGUAACAGAAAAGUUGCAUGUAAUCAUAAGGACCACUCUGAUGUGUGCAAAGAAGCCAGCUCUGAACUUCCUGAAAAUGAGACUAAGACUGCUGGUACAAUUUGGAUGCCUGGAUUUCAACCCAGAGAAAAAGUAGAACAAAUCAGAAACUGUGCUUCCCUCCCUCGGGAUUUUGUAGAUGAUGUGGUUCUCAGUGUGGCAAACUUGCUGUUAAAUGCAACCUCCCAAAACUCAUGUUCUGAUAUGCGUGAUCGAAAUACAAAUACCUGGAAUCAAGGAGAAAGCCUUUCCUUGAAAGAAGUAGCAGAACACUUACAUAAAGAGACUUUAAAAAGGCUAAAGAGUGAAUAUGGAGGCCUGCAGACACUUCUCAAGAACAAUCAUCAAGUAUUUGAAGUUCUAAAUGGGAGAGUUCAUAUUCGUGACUGGAGAAAAGAGAAACCGUCAAGGAAAACUAAGCCUGAAGUGAAGCGCCGCCUUUCAGCUGAAGCAUUUAAAACACGUCUCUGUUGGUUUUUCAUUCAUCAUCCUGAUGGUUGUUCUUUGCCUUCUGAAUCCUGCCCGUAUGCUCAUGGGACUGAGGAACUAAGGCAGUCUCAGAAGAUUAAAAAGAAGAAAAAUAUACAGUAAUAAAAUGCCGCCACUUAUGUUUAAGCUGAUGUACAUAACCAAAUAUGUGACUGACUUUGGGACUGCCUAGUGCAUGAAGAUCUGUACAGUAUGGAGGGGUUUCCCAAUUCCUAUGCAUCUUAUUUUCCAUUUAAUUUACAAGUUCUGCAUUUCUCAUUCUUUUAUUU